AAUUGUUUGAAAAUGGCGGACAUUCCGAAGUAAACAAAUAAGUAGCAGGCAUUGAAUAAGAUUGUAGCAAGUGGAGAAGAAAAAAAUUUCAACAUGCCUCCUUUGGCGUGGGAUCAGAUCAUGUCAGUUAAUCUGGCUGAUCUGAAACCAGAUGAUGUUGACAAUUUAUUUGAUGUUCUGAAGGAAGGUGAUCCUAGCAGUGAAAAUGAUCCAGAUAAACUUAAAAAGCUAUUUAAAGUAACAAGAGAAAUUAUGAUCUCUAAACAUGAGGACUCAGAAGAGGCAAUGGCAGAAGCUGAAAAAGAAGCUGAACAAUCAGAAAAGAAAGAAAAAGAACUAAAAUCAAAAAUAACUAAAUUAAACAAAGAGUUAGAAGAAGUAAAGACAUAUGGUCCUGCAGAUAAAGGAAGUGGUGGAGCUACGUCAAGAGAUGCCAGAUAUCUACGAGAUCAAAUUCGUGAUUAUGAUGAUCAAAUUCAACAGCUUCAAGCUGAUAAUAGAGAUUUACAACGAGAUCUCAGUAACGAAAAGAGAGCUGCUGAAAAGUAUAGUGAGAAGAUCAAUGAAUUAGAGGAAGAACUUGGUCGAUUAAGAAAAGAUAAUGAUCAGUACAGACAGGAUAUUAGUGACUACAUGAUGCAGCUUCAAGCGCAGCGAGAAAAUCUGGUAGCAAGACGUGGUGAUGAUCAAGAUGUCCGAGAUAAAAUGUCCAAGAAAAACAGAGAGUUAGCUGAAGCUAUGGAAGAAUUACAGAAUUUAACAGACAACAAUGAGUUGCUUCAGAAACGUUGUGAAGAACUAGAAACUAAUCUGAGUGAAGCUAAUGAUCAGAUGUUUAAAGCAGCGGAAGAUUAUCAAAAAAUCAAGAUGGUACUUCAACAGAGUGAUGAUGUAACUGAUAAACUUCGACAAGAUAAUGAAAUACUUAAAGCACAGGUUGAAGAUCUGACAGAAGAAGUACAAUCUAAGACAGAAUCAGAUGAUGCUAUUAUGGUGGCUGUUAAUAACAAGAUAGAAGAAUGGAAGAUUUUGAUGUCUGAUAAAGAUCAACAGAUCAGUGAAUUAAGAGAACAGGUAUUUAAACUGAGAGAACAACUUAUAGCUGCUAACAUGGAUACAGAUAAAGCUUCUGUUGCUGCUCUUUCACAGGCUACUAAAGACAAAGAUAAACAAAUAGAAGAAUUAACGGAGAAGAUUAGUCAAUAUGUAUCAGAUAUGGAAGCCAAUGCUGCUAUUAUUGAAGAUCUACGCAAUGAACUCAAUAGAGGUGGUAAAGGUACAGGUGAUAGAUAUGUAACUAAAGUACGGGAAUUACAGAAUGAGGUUAAAGAGAACAGAGAAACGAUGAAAAAUAGAGAAAAUGAUGCCAAGAAAGCUGAAGAAGAUGCUAGAAUUAAAGAUCAAGAAUUAUCUGAAGUUUUAGAAAGAAUGAGACAAUAUGAAGCAGGAGAAUAUGGUUUACAAGAAGCUGUAGCAGAAAUAAAAGAAGGAAAGACACAAGUUAAAGUCAGAGAUAGACAAAUAGAAGAAUUAACGAAACAUGUGAAUCAAGCCGAGUUAAGGAUAAAUGAUAUUCUAGAUGAAAAUGAAGAGUUAAGAUAUAAACUUGGUAUGGAUCCAAAAGAACCCAUAGAUCUUACAGAGUUCCGUAAAAACAAAGCCACAAGGAAAGAAGAGGAAAAGGCGCUUAAUUUUAUUCUGCAAAGGGAGAUUGAGAGAUUAGAAGAAGAAAGAAUUGACUUGAAGAAAAAAAUCAGAAAAUUAGCACAGCAGACGGGUCAAAGGGCAGUAGCUCUAGGGUUAACAGCAGAAGAUAUGAUGGCCGUACAAGAUUUUACAGAAGAUCUCAAAUAUAAAAACCAGACUAAAACAGAAUCAGUUGCUACAAUAAUCAGACGUGAAGUAGCUAAAGAAGAAAAAGUUAUUCGAAGUCAUGAGUUAAAGAAUGAUUACCAGAGAAAUUUACAAGAUUUAGAUCAUGUUCAUGAACAGAAUGCAGAAUUAAAAGCUCGUACUAAUCAACUUAAUGAAGAAAAUCAAUAUCUAAAAGACAGUGUUAAAGAAGUGCUUUUGGUAUUAAAGGAGAAAGUUACAGAUGGUAAAAUACAAGGAUCAGCUAUAGAAUUACCAACUGUAGAUAGAAUGUUAGCUGCAUUAGAAGCUAAGAGAGUUAUUGGUGGACAUGAUACAUCAGGUUAUAUGAAAGAACAGUUUGACAUCAUGCGUGGUAGAAAUGAAGAACUAAGGAAUGAAUUAAGAGAAAGUCGCGUAGAAACUACAAAGAAUGCUUUAGAAAGAGACAAGGCUUUUGACAAGAUAAAACAGAUGGAGAAAGAUAAUUUAGCUCUACAAGAAUCAGGUGUGGCACCAGGUGUAUUCCAGGCUUUACCUUUACCUGAAGGCAUGACUAUAACUAGUACAGAAAUUAUAUCUAGUCUUAAUGAACAUCUAGUUAUUACACUACAGGAAAUGAGUCUAAAAGAUGCAAAUAUAAAGAAAAUGGAGGCAGCAUUAGAGAGUUAUAAAAGAAAGUUUGGUGUAUUAAGACAUCAACAAGGAUUGGUUUAUUCAGAUUAUCUUCAAGAUAAAAAGACUUGGCAGGAAGAAGUAAAAUCUCUGCAAGAACAAAUAAAGAAAUUACAUGGACUGAGAGAAGAAGAUGGGGUUAAAAUUCAAGAAUUUGAUAGAUUAACUGAUACACUAGGACACGAUGAUGUGGAAGUUAGAAGACGACUCGCAGAAAUGACAAGAAAGAUAACUGUACUUAGAGUUAACGAAAAAGCUUUGACCAGACGCCAUGCCAUAAUGGAAGAGAUAGAAAAUACAUUACGAAUGAAUCUACAGAAUUUAAAUAAUGAUAUGGGACAAAUGGAAACAGCAAUAUCUGAACGAAUGGGUUAUCUACAGAGAUACAAGGACAUGGCAUCGUUCAAGAUUGGUGCCCUACAGAAAGCUCUAGAUGAUUCAGUGCCAUCAUCAGAUUUAGAUAAAGUUAAUCGUCAGUACCAUGAAUUAACGGAAAAAUAUAGAGACUUGUUAGAAAAGGGAAAUAAUUUAGUCAACAAGGCCGAAGCUGUAAUAGGUUUAGAGAAUGAAGUUAAACGUUUAACAGAAACAAAUGAAGAAAUAAAGAAAACUAUGGGAAUAGAGAAGGAAAAACUCCAUGCUUUAGAAGCUGCUAUGGAAGAGCUACAUAGACGUGGUGUAACAGAUGGUAGUGAUGUUAAAGUAACAGAUAGUGAUAUUAUAUCUAUAUCUAAGAAGAUAACUAUGUUAGAGAUGAAAGAAUUAAACGAGAGACAGAGAGCAGAGCAUGCUGUUAGAAUGUAUGAACAACAAAAAAAUAUACUCCAUGAUCUAGAGACCAGAAAUAAAACACUAGAAGAUAAAUUUGCUGAUACAACUAAAAUGAAUCUAGAGAUGCAGAAGGUAGAAAGAGAUUUAAGAGAUGAAUUAACAAAUUCUGUAUCUAAAGUUGUCAGUGAUGCUGAUAGAAAGAAAAUAGCAGAACUAGAAGAAUCAGGGGUCAUGUUACGUCAAGAAAUAUCUAAAUUAAAGGAAAUAUCAGAAGUAGCUGGAUCACAAGUUAAAACAUUAGAAAUGCAGCAUGUUUCACGAGAAAAAGAAUGUAAAUCAUUACGUCAACAACUUGUUGAUUUCCAGAUGCAAAGUGAUGAAAAAACUAUUAUAGGUAAGCUUCAUAGACAUAUUGUACAGUUACAAGUCAGUGAAGGUAUGGCUAUUAAAAAAUGGGAAGAAGCCAAGAAAAAAAUCACCAAACGGGAAGCACAUGUACUCCGACUGGAACAGAGACUGGAUGAGAAAGAUAAAACUAUAUAUCACAACCGAACUGAAGCCCAAAAUAAAUGCAGAUAUCUCAAACGUAGUUUACAGGAAUUGCGUAUACAGUUUGCUGGUGCUGUACCUUUAUCUAAACAAGAAAGAUUCUCUAAAUUAAUGGUAAACCUACAGAAUGAUAAAUCGAAACUAGAACUAGAAAUGAGAGAUAUCCGAAAGCAAAAAGAAGACAUGGAGGAUGAAGUUGCUGCCUUAAAAUUAAAACAUGAAAGUGUACAAGAAUUAAUAAAUACUUUAAAAGAUGGUCAUGGUGCAGCCAAGGUUAAAGAAUGGCAUGGUAAAAUGGAUGCUAUUCGUCUAGAAGAAUUACGACUAAAACGGCAGACAACUAAAUUAAAUGGACAAAUUCGAUAUUUAGAAGAUAUUAUUAGAUCACAUGAAGUAACGAUAACCGAUCUAGAAGCUGAUUAUGUGAGACUGACAAAGGAUUAUGAAGAGAGACAGUUAAUAUGGGAACAAAGAGAAGUAGAACUAGAGAGAAAUAUAACUCAAUUAGAACGAAAUGCUUCACAAAUAGCUGGUGCUGCUUCACAGUUUGAAGAAGCUUUGGGUAAUUUACCUGAUGCUAAACUGCCAGUAGCCAAUCAGUUAGAACAAGCUAUAACAACUAUUAGAAGUAAUGUUAAAAUUAUACUAGAUACACAGGCUGAGUCAAAACAUCUUAAACAGAGAGUUGCUGAGUUGGAGAAAAAUCUUCGUAAUGCAGAGCAUACAGUUAUACAGAGAGAUAAACUGGUAUCUGAAUUACGUCUGAGAAUGCCAGCUACAGCCGAUAGAGAUGAAAUUAUACUGAAAGCUACAGCUAAAACAGCAGAAUCAGCUAUACAUACACAUUCUAAAAAUGUUGACUUUGAGGAAACACAAGCAUUGAGAAUUGCUCAAUCUACCAUUAACAGUUUGAAGCAAAGAAUACAACAGAAAGAAGAAACUAUUAUUAAAUAUCAAGAAUUAUUAAAUCAAGCUAGAGAAGAUAUGCAAGAAAUGAAUAGACGACAUGAAGAAGAGCUGAAAUCUAUGCAACAGAAAAUACAUCUUAAAACAGAUGAUGCUUUUAAUAAAUUUAAAGAAGCUACUCAAGCGUUAAUGCAUAAACAGAUGACAUCUAGAGGCCCUACAGACAAACAGUUACUCCGUUUGCAUGAAUUAGAAGAUAUGGUAGCAGAAUCAGACAAUGCUUUAGCUGCUUUGAGUGAAAAAUUACGUCGGAGAGAGAGUGAAAUAGAUCAACUACGUGUUAGAUUACAUCAAACAGAGAAACAACAUUUUACAGAAAAAGAGAAAGUAACAGCUGUAUUUAAAGUAGAGGAUGAAAAAAAAGGUAUGCAGAAUGACGAAAGUAGAAGAAUAAUAACAGAACUGAAGAAAGAAAUAGAAAUAUUAAAUGAAGAGAUUAAUACAUUAAAAGAUUCUAAUAAUCGUGCUCCUACAACAACUAUGAAGAAUUUGGUAGAAAGAUUAAAAAAUCAACUAGCUCUUAAAGAAAAACAACAUCAGGCAUUAAGUAAAGCAUUGACAGAACUACGUGCUGAUAUGGUGGCCCAGGCACAAGAGACGGUUAAAUCUAAUCUAGAAGAUGUGGGACAAGAAAAAAAUAUACAACGCUUGAUUGAUCAACAAACAAAACAAUUAAACGUAAGUUAG